AUGCUCCACGACUCCUGUCCAUGCGAGGGGAGUGUCUCAGGCUGCCAGACGGGGAGCGCGCAACACAAAAGAUCGGCCGGAUUGCGCUGCCGCAUCGUCCCUGGCUCGGUCUUGGCACACACGAGCGCAUUGCAAACCCAGAGUGACAGACACGACGCCUGCGCCCGCUACCGUCUUCUUCUAAGACGACGACGACGCCGCCGCCGCCGCCCCAGCGUUGUCUCUUCAAAGCCUUGCCUGCUUGCUUUGCCACUACCCUCACCACCACAACCACCACUGCCACCUCUGCCCUCUCUUCCCUCGGCCUGCAGUCCAAUCCUGUCUGUCUGGCCCAUUCUUAGCGUACCCCAGCGGACGCCAAACUUAGCUGCCGAUCCCAUCGUCGCCAGGGCCCAGCAGGUCGCAUCUUCAGCAAAAAGACGUCUUCAUCCACCCCCUCCACUCGUCUUCUGCCUCUCCCCCCCCCUCCCCGACGCCCACGUCUGUGCUACGACCAAACUCUCUCCCUCCGCGAACCGCACACAAUCCCACACAACCGGCCCUGCCCGCCCCCGCUGCACAUAUAAGACCCAACACCGCCCGUCCUGGCCACCCUCCCGCCCUUGCAUCCCCGCUACACUGGUUGUCGACCCUGAUGCGUUCCCCGCCUGGCGCGCAACAUCAUUGCUUAGAAUCGCCCAUCUACUCUGGCUAGAAAGAAGCGACCAACACCACCACCAACACCACCACUGCCAUUCGCCCCCCCCUACAUCCACCCUCCCACUCCACCCAGAGUUCGCUUCCCCACGACCCACGGACGGCACCCCAGCUUACCCAACGACUACGCUCAUAUCACCACAUACUUUUGAUCUUCUUUUUUUUCCUACCACUACUACUACUACUACUACUGCUGCUACUGCUGCUACUGCUACUGCUGCUGCUCUCCUCUUCUUCGUCUUUACUGCUGCCACGACCUUGUACACACCUUCUUCACAUACUUCUCAUUGUGCCCUCCGCUGA